GGGGUUCAUUCAUCAUCAAGUCCCAAGAAAAGACAUGCCGUCCGGUCGUGCCGCUGCCCUUGCGUCCACACAACGAGUUCUUGAUUUCUCUUCAACGGUCACGAGCAUGCGUGUUACACGAAGUCCAAUCAACAAACGGAACAGACAAGCAUGGGGGCGUUUCUUACUGCUCUAGAUCUGCCAUCCCCUGGCUGAGGUUGUAUCCAGCCGCCUUCCACCUGGACCCCAGUUCGUAAGAUCAUGGAUACGGUAGGUUCAGACACGAGAUAAGGGUUUUGGGAGUGGUGUUGAUGAAAUUUGAUGAUGCUGAUGCUCGUGGUGAUGAUCGAUUGGAAAUAAUAAGCACCAUCAACGGACUUUUGCCUCUGAUCGGCUUCGAUAGCUGUCCAUCGCGUUAAGGACUUUGAUGAUAUGUUUCUCAUACCUUUCUGAUUGCUCAUGGAGAAGUCGGACCUUACUCAUCCUCUCCUUUUUUGUGGUUGGUCUCAUGCAAGCGAGACAAGCUCAUCACAAAUGUCAUUUUUUAGUGAGACUUUCACGCCUCUUGAAUCCCUCCCUGAACCCAAUACAGGCUACUUCGCCCAACCAGCCUGACUGUACCGUUCCUUCCGUACCGACAAACAGCAAGCAAGCUGCCUCGAGCCGUCGGGCGUCAACUCGGAAACCCAACUAUCCAAGCAUCGGCAUGCCAAUCGGGAUGGCCUGCAAUCAAGCUCUUUUGCGCGCGGCUCCGGAAGCUCUAUAUGCUUUUGGGUCUGUUUCAUCGGGAGGGCUCAAAAGGGAGGAUUAUUGGCGUUGUUGUAAAUUUAUUUGGCUGCUCUUGUUUGCAUCCCGUCACUUCUUGGUUUCGGCUUGUCUUGUCAUGCCGUGCUCAUGCCAAGAGAGCAAGCACUCACAGUCAAGUAUCAGCCAUAUACUUUAGUGUCAAUAGUCAAGCAAAACACACACAAGAUCACGAAAUCCACAUUGUCGACAUAGAUGUUAAUCUUCUCUUGCGGAGGUACAGAAAUGGUUUCGCCGCAUGGCAGUAGUUUUAGGCGACAGCUAGCUGAUGAUCUUACCCAAUGUAAGGAGUAUUCCACACAAUCUUCUAGAAAAAUUCUCCAUAUUAUUUUGUUCUGGAAACAGUGGGGUUUCUGCCGAUCGCUCACUAUCCCCGUUCUGACUCCCAGCAUUCCAAUGGAAUUAAACAACAGAAGACAAACUUUGGGAAGGCACAGGACAAAGCCCAAUUGGAGGUAAAUGAAAAGCCUCAAGCGGUCUAGAAAGCAACAUAAUAAUUUCCACUCUGACCUCACGUCACCUCACCGCCAUCACUAAACAUGUAGAAAAUCCCAAGCACGGACAGCUCAGACUCCAUCGCCAAGCCCAGUCAUCCCUUCUUCGCCACCUCAUCCCCUUCUAGAAGGACACUAGAACACGGGAUGGACGCGUGGCGCUCUUCUAGAACAUUGCCGUAAUCAGCGGAUGCAUGCCUCCAUACUCCCCUGUAGGUGCGUGCAUCAGCCCGACCAUCAGCACCCAGCACCCAGCAUCACGACCAGAACGCCAGGAGCAACAGCGUCCAUCCAUCUCACCUAUGUUUGGCUUUGUGUUUGUUUGGGUUUCGCUGCAACACCGCUGCAAGCCUGCGCGCGGGCCCUGUCUUCCGAUUCGAUUUCAGCCAGAACCGUGAACUUUUACCCUGGGCUAUCCCUACUACUCGUCCACUUUGGGCUUGGCCGGAAGAGCAGGAGGCGUUUUUGCUUUAGGGCUCCGGAGGAAGAAGUGAGUUUGAGAAAGGAAGGAAGGAGGGAGGGAGGGAGAAUCAUGGGAAAUGGGAUCCAUGGAGUGCGAGAUCCGGCGUGUCCGUUGAUCAUGGGGAUGGGCCUGGUGGGGCUAGGUUGGGAGAAGACAGGGACCUUCUUCAUUCAUACUUGCGGAUGGAAGUAUUGUCUUUGGGACAACAACUUUUAAUUUUAGCUCCCACUCCAAUAAUGCGGCCGUUCUCACUCACAGACAUUUAUUGGUAAGGAGAAAGGCCAAACAAACGCCGAGGCAAAGGGCAAAGAUAUCCGAUUCCGGACGCGCGCCGGCAGGCAGGCAGGAUACGAUGGCUUGGCCGGGGAGGAGGAGAGGGAGAACGCAAACAAAUGGAAACGGCAAGCUCUACACGUGCCUGUAGGUACCUGUCCCAGCCCUGCCUGCACAGUAGUGCCCAAACCAACAAAUCGUGCCCCAUCCCAACAUCAAGCCUUGUGAGGAACGGGAAGGAGGGCAUGCAAGCGAAGAUGCGAAGAGAUGACAUACGCAAGGCAUGUGGAUCGUGUGGGCCAUAAGCUGAAAAAGCCCGAACAAUCCACUUUUCUAAGCAAGGAAGGAAGAAAGAAUAACUCUGGUUGAGGGAACACCAACAUCAUCGUGCCGUACGUACUACAGGCCCAGGCCCAGAGGCCUCUUGGUGCAAAGAAAAUUUUCAUAGCUACAGUUCAUAGCUCAGGAACAAGCCGUUCUCAGUACGAGAUUCUGAGCCGACCUCGUUUCGAGUUCAUGGUGUGUUUUCUACUUCUGAGUCCCUUUGUGAUUUUGUGCCGAUGCAAUGCGCUUUUGGUGCUUUUGAUAAGGGGCCGGUGGGCCACUUUUGAGGUUUUAUAAACGCUCGUUCUUCAAUCUCUGUCAAUACUUUACGUUAUCGUCGCAUGUUCUUUCCAGCUCCCAGCUUGGCUUCUCUAUCCAUCCAGGUGGUCCACCUCGGUUUGUGUCACCGAGUGUCACUAUCCCAUUUCAGCCUGCUCAGAUCGGGAGGCAAAAGUCAUCAGCUCACCCAUGACUUAUCCGUUCCGGUAUACCGUACAUUCAUUUGUUGAUUCACAUACCUAAUAACCGAGUGAGCGAGUUUGAUGGAUGGGCAUACUGGAUCUGGGAUCUCCGAUACCGCCUGUCGGCUGCAGAUACGGUCUGACUGGUGUUCACUCCGUACGGUGUUACACGGUGUUUUCUCUGUUGGUGUGAGAAUAAGCUCCUUCUUCAUGAGGCUGACUUUGCCGCUGCCGAGAGUUUGGCGUCCAGCAUUGUGGAUGCAUAGGUCUAUCUAUGUUAAGCUCCUGUCUUGUUUUGUCUUGUCUUGUACUGGGAAGGCCAUGCGAGGUGCUGGCUGGACUCACCAGAGUUUUCUGCAAGUGGAAAUCAAUAAUGCAAACGUGCCAUGUGGUUGGGUGUACAGUGGAUGCUGUAUUCCAAGUAAGCUGAGGGUCGACGGAAUGGAAAGGGCUUACAAAGAACCGAGCCAAGGUGCUGGCCCAAAAUGAUUUUAUUUCAGGAAUUGGAUUAUAAUACGAGGACGCUUGAGAGCGGUGAAUGAGUGUUCUCCUGCUUACCUUCUGGUGGUGGAUUCGUGUAGUGGAUUGUGAUUACUAUCACCUUUGCACGUACUUCCGCCAUGUUCACCUCAGCCAUCAAAGGGGCAAACACGCUAGGUUUGGUGAUUUUUUGGACUUGAACGAGAUGAUGAAAGCUUCUGGUAGAAAGAAGGUGUUCGGUGAAGAUUAUGGACGGUGAUAAGACCAUUUGACCAUGGUUAAUUCUACAUUUUCUUUGCCUUCGUUGCGUGUGCUUGUGAGUUGAUGGUGUUCGCUCACUGGCGAAAUGAGAUAAGUUGAGGUCUCGCUGCUGUGGGCUAUUGGCAGAGUAGUCAUUUCUUCUUGAAGAUCUGGCUUUGUUUUCUGUCACUGUACAGCCUUUGCAAAUCUCUGAAAAACCUCUUGAGUUUCAGAAAGAGACUGCAGCAGAUACAAACAAAGUCAAUCCUGUUGAACCAUGCAGUACCUCGCAUUCGGCGACUGGUUCAUAGUAUUUGUUGUAUAAUCGUCAUGGUUUCUGUUAUUCCAUGAAAUUCUGUUUGAUCUUGGCCUGUUCUCUGCACGCUCGAGGUAGUGGCUCCUUCCUGACUACAUCUGCCGCGAGUGCUACAUGGAAAUGUAGCCUUGACGAGGAAAUCCAUCUUCAGAUGUUCGAAGUGAGAAGCAACUUGAUUCCUCGUUAGACAGGGUAUAAUUUAUAGAUACUGGGUACAUACUCUCGAACCAAACAGCUCACAUUGUCGUAAAGUCACGAUUUGAGGCUUCGUGCAUUGCAAUUGAGAUUGUCCCGUUGUGCUUUCCGUUUCUGUAAGCAGGAGCAUUUACUGACCUAGCGUCCUCCAUGAAUCGCAUUCUGUACCACUAAACACAACUUGAGAACCAGAACUCGAACAUCGCGGCCUUUGUCGCCGACCGGACCGCAUUUCAUUCCAUUCGUCGAGUAUCUAUACACUAUGCCUGCUCUCCUCAUCAAGUCAAGCUGCUGCAGCAGUCGUGCACCUCCCUCUCCCGAUGCCGUUCCUGCCCGACCAGCUGUUCAAGCUACCAAAUCAGACAAACGAAUCUCGAAGGAUCACAUUCCCUCAUGGGCCACCGUCGAUACCACAGAUCUACGAGCCGUCUUCGAAGCAAAUGAGCCAACGGACCUAUGUCGUGUGAAGCACAUCUCCCAUAAGAGUAGCGCGAAAUUCAGAGAGCUUCUCGAAGGAGACAAGUUUGUCACCGAUUCUGAAUCUGAGAAAAUUACAACGAAGAAGAGUUCCAGCACGUUGAAGGCCGUAACCCAGAAGCUGAAGAAGCGUUUUUCUAAGGAUGACGGGCUGACGAAGCGCCACUCGAGAAACAGUGUUGGCACAAGUGAGGAAGAGAUUGAACGUAGAGCAGAGCUGAGGAGAAUUAGAGAGCGAAGGAUUAGGGAGGAGCUUAGCAAUGAGGGUAUUUACGAUGACGAUGCAAAGUCUGUUACUUCACCUCCCAGCACACCUCUCAAAAACGAUCGUGCUUCGGCCUGGAUUCCUGAAACUUGUGUACCCAUGGCGACCUUGUCUCCACUGUCUUUGCCUGUCCCGGAAUUGGAUCCCCUUGAAGCCGCACACAAACUACUAGUUGAAAGCGAUUCAUUAUCUUUGAAGACACCCAGACGCCAGACACAUCCAAUGACUCCAAGUACAACUAUGGUCAAUUCAACUGCCUCAAUUUCCCGACGGCACAGCUCCCCUAUCCUCUCUGAAUGGGAUCCUAGUGGCCAUCAUGACGAGCCUCUUGUCUAUAUACCUUCUCGAAAGCAAAGUUCUAUUGCGCAAAUGCCACCAGCCCCGAUCAUAUUGGCCCAACGGCUUCCGAGCCUAACAGAUCCGGUCACAUCACCUUGGCGUCUAUCAUUCUCCACAGACAAUCGAGGGCAGCACCUUCGAAAGCUCAGCCAAGGGCAUACCGUCCCCGCUACCAUAGACAAAGAGUCAUUGGGAGCCGCCUCUCUUCCUUCAACGCGGUGGCUUCAUAGUCAAGGAUUGAGAUCUCCAUCGAGAUCUCUUGGAGAUUUAAAAGACCCCAGCACCGAAAAGCUUUCGGCUCCAGAGGAUGGGAUCCAAGCUAACCAAGAUUUUGGAGAUGUAGACGGUGUCAAAGACGCCUCUGCAGUUAUCCAUUUGCACGAUAUGCAGAUAUCAAGACGCCUUGCGUCAAAAGGUCUCCAAAGUUCUGCUUCGUCUCCUCAACUGUCUAGCUGGGGAUCACACCAACGUGGUAUCUCCAAUAUUAGCAAUGCCUCUCAACAUGUGAUCAACGAACGAGCUCUUUACUUGCGUAGUACUUCGGAUUCAGCUCCAUUAAGCGAACGCAUUCCUCAAUCGUGGGGUGCUGUUGUAGAGCAUCGUACAUCAUCCAUCUAUCCAUCGGCCGCAACUAGCAUGCACCAUUCUCGUGAGAGCUCAUUCCUGGACAUUUUCUCUCUCUUCCAUGGCAAUGACCCCAACGGUCGAAAAUCUCAAGUGGCUCCAGAAGCAGAAGCACAUGCCUGUCCUUCUCUGCUCAGUCUGACCAGGUCACCUACAGCCAACCUCUCUUCUGCUAGCCUUACCGCGCCUCUGGCACGAUUCCCACGCACAAGCCCUGACGACAGUUCUCUUGUCGCUUCUGAAACCGAGUCCUUUCGCGAGCGUGAGGCAGAACUUAGUGUUGUUGAGGCACGGUUUGCUUCUUCUGAGUUCAUACGCAGUCGAACUGCGCCAGUAUCUAGCAAGUUCACGGAGGAGUUCCAUGUAGAUUCUGACAUCAGCGGACCUCAAUCGCGGAAACUCUCGGUUUUCAAUCGUCUGGCAAAACUUGCCGUCAAGACUUAUGACGGUUCCUCGAAGAUGGAGGAAUUGCUAGAUAUUCCAAUUCCUAACUUUGAUGCCGAGGCACUUCGUACUCCGAAGACCCCUGGUGGUGCGCAGAUAACCCCAGGUGGACCUGCGACUCUGAUGAGUCCAUUGGCAGAGCUUGAUGAUUCUGCGUAUCUGUGGGGAAGAGCUAUAAAGAAAGACGGCAGAGCUGAGCAGGUAGGAGAUAAUCUACACCUCCCGAGCCGACAGAAGACUGUGGGACGAAAGAAAAGUGCCAUUGAAGACGAAGUGCCAAGGAGUGCCUUUGGAACCUUGAUCGGGUUGAGAAAAAGCAAGAAAAGGAAAGUCGAUAUCAAUGACCAUAAGAGUGCGGCGGAAGAGUAUGAUGAACGAUUUCAGGAGCGUUUGGCUGUCAAAGAACUGGUGAUGGACUCUUGGGAGGAUGAGAUGGCUGCAACAGCGGCUAAAGCUAAAGCGAAGAGCAAGACUAUUGUCAAGAAAUCCAAGAAACCAACAAUGCCCGACAAAAGGUACCCACUUACUUGGUCCCGUUACAGCUCUGAAACUCGAGAUGAACGGUGUAUUAAUGCUGGAGCUGGAGACCAGAUUGAUGUGAAGGAUUUCGCUGUUCUCGGCCGCAAGGAAGACGGCGAGGUCAUUUGGUGCCUUGAACAUGAUGAUGACGGCCAUCAUGCCGAAAUAGCAGACAUUCGAAAAAGGUUUCGGGACAAAGUUGGGGAUAGAAUCAGGCACAAGGCUUACAAGUUUGAUACCGGUGAUGAGCAAUCUCAACAGACUGGCGGACGGAGGGGCAGUCUGACAGUUGCUGGCGAACUGGAGUAUCCCGAGUUAGAAGUUCUACCUUUCACUCUCAGGACGGAAGAGCAGAUAGAAGCCGACGUCCAUGCAGAGAAAGAGGCGGAGAGAAUACAAAAGGAGAAGGAGGAAGCUGCAAAGAAACCGCAUAUUCCAAAGUUAGCGUUCAGACACAAGGCAAACGACGGAACACUGGAUAUGGAUGAGCAGACCGUCAGCGAGAGCAAGAUCAAUAUUGCCGAUCCAAGAUUCUAUGAUGACUGUGUAAUUCAUCCCAUCUUGGAAGUGACCGAAAAGCAAACACUGGAACGAUCUCAGACUCUGAAAGUGACCGGUGCUGAGAAGAAGAACAAGUAUCGAACUUGGAGUGGAACGGAUUGGGAGCCGUACCUGGAUGCCGCAGGAGGUUUUGGUAGUAGCCGCAGGAGCAGAUAUUCAAGUAUGGGCACAAUGGUGCUGAGGAAGAGUACGGACGACCAUUACAGGGACGUUCAAAGAAUGGAGAAGAGGGAGAGGGAGAGGGUCCUCAGUGUUGCUCAGGUAGCUUGGGGUGGUCGACACUGAUUUCUGAUAGUGCCACAGGAGUGACUCGUGUUUACUUAUCGACGAUAUCUUAGGGCGCAUGCAUUAGUGGGUGUUGGAAAGAGGUGUACAUUUAGGCAUAUUAUUCUUUGGUAGUGUCUUGUUGUUGGUGUUGGUGAGGAGGAAAAUUUGGUAAUCGAUCAUUCGGCUAGCCGAGCGUGAGCCCGGAUAUUAUGGGCCAUGAACUUCAUUGUAUUAAUACUAU